AUGCAGUCUUUUUGUCUCACAUUGGAGAAUCUUACCCAGCUUCAAAUACUUCGCCUUUCCAUUGAGAGUCCCAUAGUUUUAUCCAGGUCACAUUUGCCUUCAAAUUUAAAGAAGUUGGUACUAUUUGAGACUGUAAGUGUGAUUUCCUUCAUUACGGAACUACCAAACCUGGAGUAUCUCCACAUAGAACAGGCUUAUUUUAUAGAAAAUGAACCGUGUUUGUCUCAAUCAGAAGAAAGGUGCCAUGAAGAUAUCACAUUCCAUAAACUUAAGUUCUUGAAACUGGUGAAAUUAGAUAUCUCAAGGUUGAAUGCCUCAGAGGAAUCCUUUCCCCUGCUUGAAACACUUGUUAUAAAAAAGUGUCGCAACCUAGAGGAGAUACCCCUUAGCUUUGCAUAUAUUCCAACACUGAAACAGAUUAAGUUGAUUCGGUGUAGAAACGAAUCUCUGGAGGCUUCAGCUGAGAGAAUUAAGGAAGAAGCCGAAACGAUUGAAGGAUGUGACCGGAUUGACCUCAUUAUCAAAGUAAGUAGAAACAAACUCUUAUGUGCUGUUUUUGAGUAUCUAUGUGCAUCUAAUUUGAUUUACAAUACAGAGUCGAUAGUGAAAUCCAAGGCAGAUGUGAAUCAAGCAUGUGCCUUCAACCAUUGGCAAUUGCUUAGACAACCGCAGACAGAUCGAGUGGAUGGAAUUCAUUUCUUAGCUAAUUAAUGUUGCAGACAUGCUCAUGCUCAGGCUCAUGCUCAUGCUCAAGUCUAUUGUAAGGUUAUUGCCGAAACGCCCAUAUAUCCUCUUAUAUUGUAACACUAGUACCUAUUGCUAAGUUUGUUUUGAUUGAUCAACUCUUUCAAUGUAUGAUAUGAUUGAAGACCAGUAUUUAUCAGAUAGUCUUUCACAGUUA